AUGGUUCAAUUCGAGGAGAAAUACAAGGCUGGGAUGCCCACCUCCAUCGUUUCUGAGCUGGCCCUCGAGUCCGAAGAGGUGAUCUGCCAGAGGAUCGUCGCUAAGAUCAUGACCGCGCUCGCCAUCUUCGUAGCGGUCUGUCUCUACUUAACGGCAUUCAUCUGUCUAUUGAAUUUAAGGGAGGACCCAGACAGUGAAUGGCACAAUGUAUUCGUCUGGGCUUAUUUUGCCUGCGCUAUUGUGGCGACUUUGAUCUCCUUUGUGGUCCUCCUAUUAAAGGAAAUCAGCAACAAAUACUUGAGACCAGACCUUGAAGCAGGGCUACCUUCGGAGGAGACGUCCCUUAUCGAUAUUGAGAGCUGA